CCUCCAUCUUCAAACCACAAACAAAUCCCCUUUUCUCUCAAUAUUUCCUCUUACAAUGACGAAACGUCGUCCCGCCACCGCCACCGCCACCACCACCGCCACUCUGGUCCUCGUCCUCGUCUUGUUCGAACGUUCGAAGCAGAUGGCCUUAGCGGAAAAUGGGGUCCCGGCGAUCUUCGUGUUUGGAGACUCUCUUGUGGAUGUUGGCAACAAUAAUUUUCUUCAUUCAGCUGCUAGAGCUAACUUUUACCCUUAUGGGAUUGAUUUUCGUGGUGGUCCGACCGGGAGAUUCUCUAAUGGAAGAACUGUUAUAGAUAUGAUUGUUGAUUACCUUGGAAUUCCGAACGCUCAAGAGUUUGCAAAUCCCGAUACUUCGGGAGAUAGAAUCCUUAAAGGUGUUAAUUACGCUUCGGCGGCUGCUGGCAUCCUCGAUGAGACCGGUAGACACUAUGGAGAGAGGUACAGUUUAAAUCAGCAAGUGGUGAACUUCGAAAGCACUCGGAAUGAUUUAAGAAAAACAAUGGACAAUUGGAAUUUGACUCGCUACUUAUCGAGAUCCAUGGCUUUCAUGGCGUUUGGAAGCAACGAUUACAUAAACAACUACCUGAUGCCCAAUCUCUAUACUUCUAGAUUCAGAUACACCUCCAACCAAUUCGCCGACCAUCUUCUCAACAGCUAUACUCGACAGCUUCUCGCACUACGAAGUGCAGGGCUAAGGAAGUUUGUGGUGGCCGGAAUUGGGCCGUUGGGUUGCAUUCCGAACCAACGGGCGACUGGCGUGGCGCUUCCAGGGCGGUGUGUGGAUAACGUGAAUGAGAUGUUGGGAGAUUUUAACGAAGGGUUGAGAUCGCUAGUAACUCAGUUGAAUAGCCAGUACCCGGAUUCGUACUUCGUGUACACCAAUAUCUAUGGCAUUUUUGGUGACAUCUUGAACAACCCAGAUAACUACGGGUUUCGAGUGGUGGACACGGCAUGCUGUGGAGUUGGGUUAAACAGAGGCCAAAUAACGUGCUUACCACUCCAAUUUCCAUGCCUUAACCGAGAUGAGUAUGCGUUUUGGGAUGCCUAUCACCCAACGGAGGCUGCCUCCGUCGUGCUUGCCGACCGAGCUUUUAGAGGUCCACCCUCUGAUUCCUACCCCAUCAAUAUCCAACAGUUGGCUCUCCUAUCCUUGUAAUCGCGCACCACAUCCACCUCUCUUUCUACUGUAAUGUAUGUGCUACUCAAGUCGAUGAAGACACCAUGUAUGAAUAUGAAUAUGAAU